UUUAAUACUUUAUAAAAACAUAUACAAUAAAAUCAAACAAACUAUGAAGGAAAAAGUGAACGAGUGUGACGUUAAUCUAACAUUUUACUAACACAAGUAUAGAAAAGUAAACGAAUAAUAUUAAAAGUACAACAAAAAAAAAAACACAUAUAUUUGAGUAAAGGAAAAAACUGAUCUCCAGAGGUUAAUGAAGUUCGCUCUGACACACAAAUCGAAAUUUUUUGUACUUGAGCCUAUCCUUUGGUAAAAAAAAAUGGAACCAAAACUGUUGAUGCCAUACAGUAAAACUAAUGCAAAUUUUUUGAUAAAUUAAGCUUGAUUAGUUAUGGAAAAAUAAAAAAAAAACAUUUAAGACCUAUAUUUAUUAAAAAAUUGAUAACUGAUUAUCAAAAUGAGUAUUUAAUAUCAACCUUAAAGUAUUACUUGUUGGAACCAUAACUAUCAAGAUUAACACAAUUCAAAACAACUAUUAUAAUAUGCAGUUAAAUGGGCUCUAAGAAAAUAUUUUUAAAAAAAAAACAAAGAAAACAAAAAAACAAGACAGAAAUAAAGCGAAAAAAUAUUAAUUUUGACAUUAAAGUUCGUUCAGUUCAAAUCGAUCGAAAAAAAUAUAGAAAAGUAAAAUGAUCAUAAAUAUCAUAUAGCAAACAUCAUUUGACGUGGAUAUUGUUGAGCAAGCAAGUACAUUUCCAUAAAACUACAGCUUUGAAAGUCGAAAAACUUGACAGUGACAACAAAAGUAUAUAUGUGCACUUGUAUUGAAGUUAUGAAGAUCAGAAAACUGGUAAACAGCCAAAACUAUUAGUGUAGAAUACAUGGAUCGCAAUAAUGGCGGCGAUCCCAAGGUCCCCCCAAGGCCUCCAAAAUCUAUCAUUGCGCGGGUUCAUCGUCCCAGAGCACCUGAUCCUUUUAUAAUAAAUGAAAAUAUGCCUCAAUUAUCGCCAAAGCCUAAACACUUUCAAGGCAAUAUCAUCCACAACAACAACAAUAAUAAUAUAUCCAAUAUCAAUGAAACAGAGAGAUCGCAAUUGGCGAUAGCAAGGUUAUCACCAAUUGUAAAUAGUUCUUACAAUAAUAAUAAUUUAAGUAGUAUUCGAAGUCCCAGACCUUUGAGUGUUUCUCCGAAUUUAUCUACAACAUUUACAAGGAGGCGAUCACCAUUAUCAGUAACUUCAAUUCAAACGGUGUCUCAAACUGUCCAAAACUCUGAAUCGAUUCCCACGGCCGUAACGCUGUCACAACCAAGACCCGAGAACGAGCGCCUCACUAACGAGUAUGUUGAUACACCUUUUACUGGAACCCAACAUUCUUCUGUAUUUCCUCGAGGGGUAUUAGAUUCAGUUAUUCACACAACAGUGGGAAGCCAGCAAUCAAAUAGAAUUUUAUUCAGCCAUGUGUCUGAGGAUCAAGAAAGUUUCAGACCAUCAAUUAUUCCAUUAAAAGAAACGGGAAGUUGCAAUCAAAUGAGGAAACUUUGCCCCGUAGAUUCUAAUGAUGUUAGCAGUAAUAAUUGCGUGACAGUACCUUCCGAAAAUUUAUCUUCAAGUGCUAUAAUUAAACAACCGUUAUCAUUCACAAAAGAUGGUGUCAGUAAUACGCUUAGCGACGGAACUCUAAUAGAUCACCAGGAUGAUUUGCCUAGUUCUAUUACCUGUCCAACAUGCAAAAAGUGUCGCUGCGAGGAAUGCCAACGUCCCAGACAGUUGCCCUCGAAGUGGAUUUGCGGUAACACUUGUUUAUGUAGUUCAGAGACAAUAAUUGAUUACACAUCAUGCUUGUGUUGUGUCAAAGCUUUAUACUAUCACUGUUCUAAGGAUCAUGAGAUUGAGCAAGAAGACGAGACUAUAGUUUGUGCUGACAAUCCAUGUUCAUGUGCACCUUAUAAUUUAUUAACACGAUGGGCGUGCCUUGGAACACUUUCUCUGGUAUUACCGUGUCUUUUCUGUUACUGGCCAUUAAAAGGUUGCGUAAAUAUAUGUGCUAAGUGUUAUGCAAAAUACUCACGACAUGGAUGCCAGUGUUCAGCAGAGACUGACAAAAAUUUACGAAUUUUUCAAAACCUUAGGCAAGAGAAAAGACUACUCGAUUCAAAUUCAGAUUAUUAAAGUUAUUAUUUCAACGCAAUACAAAAUGAAAACAACUAAAAAUAUUAACAAUUUUAUUAUGUAGUGCACUAAAUAAACAAAAAAAAAUAAUAAUUAUUAUUAUUUACAAUUAGAAAAUAUGUUAUAUUAACACUAUUUAUUUAUAAAAUAUGAUAAUAAUUACUAUUUAUAUUACAAAUAAUAAACAUACUAGAAAAAAACAUAACCAAAGACUGCGGUAAAAAGAUCAUUACUAAAUUAAGUCUAUUGUAAUAAAUUUUUACUAUUAUGUAAGCGUACUUUUUGUUAGCUAUGUUUAUAUUAAUUUAAUAAUUAAAAAUAAUUCUACAAUAUUUUACUUACUUAAACAGUAAAAAUGUCUAUAAUACAUUACCUAAUAAAAAAUAUUAAAAACACUGGAAAAUAACUUUGUCGUAAAACAGAAGUACCUAUGCUAAGUCUGAAUGGAAAGAUUAAA